CAUCAGGGUUCGGACGGACCCCAAGCCUAAACCAGGAUCUCCGUCUCCGCCACCUCAGUGUGUGUGUGUGUGUGUGUCCGCAUCGGCAUACUCCAGGUAAAUCCAUUUAGGUCCAGAGGCCUCUGAAUCCAUCCAGAGUCCACCCCUCCUUCUGUUCCUCCACCUCCUCCUCCCCAUCCCUGAGUAGUAAUGGACCGUUCUGUGCAGGAUCUGUUUAUGAACUUCACCAUCGUGCUGAUCACUGUGCUGCUGAUGUGGCUGCUGGUCAAGACCUACCAGGACUGAACCAUCUCAGAAGCAAGGGGGGGUGCGCGAUAAGAUGGAGAAAAAAGUGUACUGUUUAAUUACGCAUUUGGGAAGGGCAUGUGGUGCCAGCACAGAGAUGCAAACACGCUGUCAUCUAGCCUACACUUCCUGAAGCCUUGUUUAAGCUUUCAGAUCCAUGUGUUUUUGUUGUGACGUCACAUGUCGCUUUGUAUUGCUGUUGGAUGUUUGUUAAAACAUUUUGUAUUCUGAUAGAAGCUUGAUCAAAAGUUAUUACAAAACUCUGGUAGAGUGACAAAGAAAACACACAUUUCAUAAUAAAACA